AUGAUGACGAAGGCAGCGUACGAGGUCGACACGAUGGUCCACCGCGACUCGCUCGGGGACCUCCACGCAGUACAGUCCUGCCCCAGCGGCCGCAUGAAGAUGGAGGAGCUCUUCCGGCAAUGGCUCUCGCUGGAGGCGACCAAGGACAUGAUCUGUGGCCUCGUCGACGACGUCAAGAGCGGCCGCGAGGUCGUCGUGCCCGCAGCCCACACCAAUGUAUCUAUCAUCGGCGGCCUCGCCCAGGUGACGAGCAACCCCGCAGACCCGUGUCGGUCGCCGAAGCGGCCGCCGAACCACAGCCCGGCCAUGGGGCCGAGCCGGCGAAAAGGCUCGGCCGGCUCGGUCGAAGACAUCAACAUGGGCAUGCCAGAACCGCUGCAAUUGUCGCUGCCCGAAGACGCCGAGAGUGACAUGUCGGCCAUGAUCCCCAGAUUCUACUUCCCCAAGGAGGGCGGUCGCGGCCGUGGCCGCGCCUACUCACGCGACCGACUGGACCGAAAAGAGCGCGAUAUUGAGGAGCGCUUCCGACAGGCCGGCGCCGGCCCUGAUGGCAUCACCGUCGAUAGCUUCGUCUCGAUCACAAAGGACCUCUGCGGUUUCCCGAGCUUCUUCAACCUCCCGCUCUUCCAGCGGAUCCGCAAGCUCAUGCUCAACCUCGACGCGCCCGAGGACGAUCUCUCGGGCCGACUCUUGACGCUCGAGAUGUUCCAGACGUACUGGGCAAAGGAGAUCCAGCCCUUUGACAACAUUGAGCGCUUCUUCCGCCUCGUCAAGCAGCCCCAAAACGACUACAUUGAACACAGUGACUUUGCCCCGUUCCUUCACGAGCUCCUCAAGUACCAUCCGGGCCUCGAGUUUCUCUCGGGCACACCGGAAUUUCAAGAAAAAUACGCGGCCACGGUCGCCGUGCGCAUCUUCUACAUGGUCGACAAGGACAGCAGCGGCCGGAUCACGCUCCGCAAGCUGCGGCGGUCCAACCUCGUCGAGGCCUUCAACGUGGUCGACGAAGAAGAAGAUAUCAACAAGGUCAACGCGUACUUUUCGUACGAGCACUUUUACGUUCUGUACUGCAAGUUUUGGGAGCUCGACACGGACCACGACUUUCUCCUCUCGCGCGACGACCUCAUGCGCUACGGCGGGCACGCGCUCACGCGCAUCAUCGUCGACCGCAUCUUUGAGUUUGGUCGCCGGCCCUUUGCGCGCAUGCAGACGCUGUCGCCGGACGAGAAGCAAAAGCUGAGCUACGAAGACUUCAUUUAUUUCAUGCUCUCGGAAGAAGACAAGGGCAACCCCGUGAGCUUGCGCUACUGGUUUGAGCUCAUCGACAUCAUUGGCGACAACGUCAUUCGCGCCGACGAGAUGCGCGUGUACUACGACCACCAGAUCCACCGCAUGGAGUGCUUGGGCCAGGAAGUCGUGCCCUUUGAAGACAUUAUGUGCCAAAUGUCGGACCUGCUGCACCCGGCUAUCGAAGGCGACUUUCGCUUUACGGACUUUACGCGGCCGGACAAGAUUCGGCUCUCGGGCGUCUUCUUCAACGUGCUCUUCAAUUUGAGCAAGUUUAUCGAGUUUGAGCAGCGGGACCCGUUUCUUCUGCGGCAGCAAAUGGCCGAGCCUGAGCUCACCGACUGGGACCGGUACGCGCGCGCCGAGUACGCGCGACUCGCAAUGGAAGAAGAAGGCCGCGAGAACGACACGGCCAUGGAGAUCGACACGAUGGACGGCUGGUACGGCAGCGACGACGACGUCGACGUCAUGGGCAGCACCGAAGCGCGGACAUCGGCCGAAGCGCCGUUUUAG